AAGUUAAAAAGAUUUAACUUAAGAUAAAUGUAUUAAAAAAAAUCUCUAUUUGUGCAUGUAGGAAGUACUCUCCCUUUUUCAAAAUAAAUACAUUUUUAUUUUUGCACUUUAUUUGGGACGGAUAGAGUGUUAUUAAUUAUCUAUAACAAAAUGGACGCCAUGUUAAUAAGCUUACAAAUAGACUCCUACGAAACGUCUUGUUCAGUUGUUUCCGGAUCGCCGGGCCACCGUCGACGCGAGAGGACUGCGUGCCGCCGAUCUCAUUCAUCCGCUGCCGACCACGCACGCCGAUCUCAUUCAUGUACCCUUUUUUCUCUGAAUCUGAUGGAGACCUUGGCGAGGCCUUUGGCUCGGAACAAGCUAGCAGGGCCAUGCGAGUCCUCUGCCAGAUUUGCAGCACUAUGCGAAUCACAUUCACCAGAGGUUUUUUUUUUCUCUCGCCGGCCGGUGCUCUGUCUCACGAAAAUCACGCCGGAGGACUCGGCGGCGCUCGUCUUCCAGUGCAUAUAUACCCUGCCGGCUGCUUUCUGCCGGAAAGAGGCGACAUGUGUGUAAACCACACAAAAAAAAUGGUUGGAACAGAACCCAAAACGUUUGGAGAAAGGUGGUCACAGUACUACUAGAUCACGCCGUGAUCACUGUUCUGUUCUCAUGUCCAGCAUCUGGCCAGCAAAGAAGAAAGCGAAAUUUUUUCAGUGACAGCCCCUGCCCCAUAGUCUCGUACUAGCAGUCUACCAGUCUUUAGUGAAUGACGACACUGAUUAUCAUUACCCCAAAUCGGAUCUAGAAGCACAAACUAGCUAGUGGCUGAUAACAAAUUCUUCGAUCAGAGAACCUUGCACCAAUAAUUUAGUGGCGACUGUUCAUCGCAAAGACUUGACUGCUGGGUCGUUAAUCCUUGUCUCAUUCCUUGUGCCCCACUGACCACGUCUUUAUAAGAAUCUAGAUGCUGAGCUACUUCAUCAUAUCCGAGUCACAAACGAACAAACACACUGACACACCCCUAACAGCGACAGAAAUGGCUCACUCCUAUCUCCUGCUCCUCCUCUUCCUGCUAGUGUCCCUCGCCUCCACCUCCAGCUCGCGAUCCAUGGCGCAGGCCACCGAUCAAGAAACACUCCUAACAAUCAAGAAAGACUGGGGCAGCCCAUUGGCACUCAGCUCAUGGAAUUCUCAGAACGCUUCUUCCUACUGCAGCUGGGUAGGGGUCAGCUGCAACAACAAUGGCCAAGUGACCAAGCUGUCCUUCCUGAAUCUCAACAUAACCAAUCCGAUCCCAGCUUCCAUUUGCACCCUCAAGAGCCUGUCAUACCUAGACCUUUCCUACAACAAUCUCACCGGCCAGUUCCCGGCGGCGCUCUAUAGCUGCUCGGGUUUGCACUACCUCGACCUGUCCAACAAUCACUUCUCCGGCGCCCUCCCGGCUGACAUCGACAAAUUGUCGCCGGAGAUGGAGCACCUCAACCUGUCGACCAAUGGCUUCACCGGCAGCGUGCCGUCGGCGAUCGCCGCAUUCCCCAAGCUCAAGUCCCUCCUCAUUGACACAAACAGUUUCAACGGGACUUACCCGAGCUCGGCCAUUGCAAAGCUCAGCGAGCUCGAGACGCUGACUCUGGCAACUAACCCCUUCGCGCCAGGUCCUAUCCCUCACGAGUUCGCCAGCUUGAAGAAGCUGAAGAUGCUCUGGAUGUCAGAAAUGAACCUGACCGGCGUCAUCCCCGACGAGCUCUCGCCGCUCACUGAGCUGACGACGCUGGCUCUGUACUACAACAAGCUUGACGGUGAAAUCCCGUCAUGGGUUUGGAAGCUUCAGAAGCUUGAGAUACUGUACCUUUACGCGAACAGCUUCACCGGUGGGAUCGGGCCCGAGGUCACCGCCUUCAGCUUGCAGCAGCUCGACCUGUCGGCGAACUGGCUCACCGGACCGAUACCAGAGGCCGUCGGCGAGAUGAAGAACUUGAAAGUGCUCUACUUGUACUACAACAACCUCACCGGGCCGAUCCCUGCGAGCAUCGGGCUGCUCCCGAACCUCGUGGACAUCCGGCUGUUCAACAACAGGCUCUCCGGCCCCCUCCCGCCGGAGCUCGGGAAGCACUCGCCGCUCGGCAACCUUGAAGUCAGCGUCAACUUCCUCAACGGCACGGUCCCGGACACCCUCUGCCUCAACAAGAAGCUCUACGACAUCGUGCUGUUCAACAAUGAGUUCUCCGGCGAGCUCCCGGCGGCCCUGGCGGCGUGCGACACGCUGGACAACAUCAUGCUGCAGAACAACCACCUCGCCGGCGAGUUCCCGGAGGAGGUGUGGUCGGCGUUCCCCGAGCUGAUCACCGUCAAGAUACAGAACAACAACUUCACCGGCACACUGCCCAGCGUGAUAUCCUCCAACAUCACACGGAUCGAGAUGGGGAACAACCGAUUCUCCGGCGUCCUGCCGUCCUCGGCACCGGGGCUCAAGAGCUUCAUGGCGGAGAACAACCGGUUCUCCGGCGAGCUGCCGGCGAACAUGUCGGGGUUCGCCAACCUCACCGAUCUGAACCUCGCGGGGAACCAGAUUUCUGGUUCCAUUCCACCUUCCAUUCGAUCAUUGGGAAGGCUGAAUUACCUCAACCUCAGCAGCAAUCUGAUCUCCGGUGGGAUCCCGGCGGAGAUCGGUCUGCUGCCAGUGCUCACCCUGCUUGAUCUCUCCGACAACGAGCUCACCGGCACAAUACCGGAGGAGUUGAACAACCUCAGCCCCCAUCUCAGCAACCUCAACCUCUCCUCCAAUCAACUCACCGGCGAGCUCCCCACGUCGCUGCAGAGCCCAGCAUUCGAUGAGGCGUUCCUCGAGAACCAUGGCCUCUGCGCCACGGUGAACCGGAACAUGAACAUCCCGGCGUGUGGCCACAACCAGAUGCCAACCGGCCUGAUCAUCCCGUUCUCGGUGGUCGCCGGCGUCAUCCUCAUGGGCGCCGUCGGGUGCCUCGUCAUCCGGCGGAGGACGCGCCGGCACGACCUGACGACGUGGAAGGUAACGCCGUUCCGCAAGGUGGACUUCACCGAGAUCGACAUACUCGGCAAGCUCCGCGAGGAGAACGUGAUCGGCAGCGGCGGCUCCGGCAAGGUGUACCGCGUCCACCUCGGUGGCCGCGGCGGCGCGGUGGUGGCCGUGAAGAAGCUGUGGGGCAGGGGCAAGGCCGAGGAGAAGCUGGACAGGGAGUUCGACUCGGAGGUGAGGAUCCUGGGCGAGAUCCGGCACGCCAACAUCGUGAGCCUCCUCUGCUACAUCUCCAGCGAGGACAUCAAGCUGCUGGUGUACGAAUACAUGGAGAACGGCAGCCUCGACCGGUGGCUGCACCCGCGGGACCCGGCCGGCGCGGCGGCGGCGCUGGACUGGCCGACGCGGCUGGGCAUCGCCAUCGACGCGGCGAGGGGCCUGAGCUACAUGCACCACGAGUCCGCGCAGCCCAUCAUGCACCGGGACAUCAAGUCCAGCAACAUCCUGCUCGACCCGGGCUUCCGCGCCAAGAUCGCCGACUUCGGGCUCGCCCGGAUCCUGGUCAAGUCCGGCGAGCCGGAGUCUGUGUCCGCCAUCGGCGGCACCUUCGGCUACAUGGCGCCAGAGUGUGGGCGCGGCGUGAAGGUGAACGAGAAGGUGGACGUGUACAGCUUCGGCGUGGUGCUGCUGGAGCUGGCGACGGGUCGGGUGGCGAACGACGGCGGCGCCGAGUGCUGCCUGGUGGAGUGGGCGUGGCGGCGGUACAAGGCCGGGGGCCCCCUGCACGACGUCGUGGACGCGGGCAUCCGGGACAGGGCCGUGCACGCCAGGGACGCGGUGGCCGUGUUCCUGCUCGGGGUGACGUGCACCGGCGACGACGCGCCGUCCCGGCCGUCCAUGAAGCAGGUGCUGCAGCAGCUGCUCCAGUACGACCGCACGUCCAGCGUCGCCGGCGCGUGCGGGGACGCCGGCGGCUUUGACGACGACGUCGCACGGGCAGAGCUCCCCAAGGGGAAGAAGAAGGGCGAGCAAGGUGCCAAGAGAGCGCUGGACAGCGGCGGCGAGUUUUGGGAUGGUGACGAGGAGAGCGGCGGCUUCGUGGUGCAUCCCGUUUAACUUUAAGGCGUCUUCUUUAUUUUGACACACUUCCUCUGCAUUGACGCGUGAUAGAAAUUUCGCCGAAUGUUUGAAUCCUAUAUGUCCUCACUUAGAAACUAUAUGCACUUUGCCAUGCCAAUGGCUGUCUGGAGCCUAAGGCUCCAUGAAAGUGUAUGGCCAGCGCCUGCGUGCGUGGUCAGCAGGAUUCAAACAUUCGGCAAAAUUUUGUGAAGUUGACAUGUACGAGUUAUUAUUUUGGAGUAUUUCUAUUUUUACCGUUACUUUGAAGUGUGAUUGUGAUUUUGCCUUAUUUUUUAACUUUGUCAUUUCAUCCUGUUCACAAGUCACUGCGAUUGACCCCUAGUCAACGGUCAAAGAAGAACAAAUAUGCAAAGACCAAGGGCAAAAAUUGCAAUGACUUGUAGAAGUAUAAAGGGCAAAACGACAAAGUAAAAAAUUAUGGCAAAACUAAAAUUGCACAUCAAAGCAAGGGUAGGAACAACAAAAUACCAAUUAUUUUCCAUGAUUUCAAAAAUAGAUAGGGUUUUUUAUUAGAACCUUAACUUUGUGGGGUUACUAUUGGGUUUUGCAUUCGAAGUUUAUCAAAGGUUUAGGAUAUAGGUCAUAAAGUUUGGAUGCAUUAAUAUGGUUUGAAAAAUGCAACUUGGUUCCAUGUGCUCUUAUAAGAGAAAGUAAUUAACUAUGAUGUACUACAUAGAAUGGUUUUUAUUAGAAGUACUAUAAUUUUCCUGACCCGGGGAUUAACAAGUCGUGGUUUGUACUGAAACUAUAAAAAAGCUGCAUGUUUCUAAACGGUAAAAAAAGUAGUUUUUUUUUCCAACAUUUGUAUUUUCAUUUACAGUUAAAAAAUAAUGAUUUCCCGAUACUGCAGCUGGUUAAAGCCGUAAUAACCGCCAACAGGGCAUAGCGGUUUGUGCACGCGAUGUUAUAGGGCCUGCAAUCAUGCCAGGAUGGCCAAGUCAACCGAAAACUGAAAACGAAGUCGGGCCUCGUUUAAUUCUCCACACAUGUGCCGCAACAUUCUUUUAAAAUUUUGAAUUUUGUAUCUAAACAACCUCGGCCAGAUAGAUAGUAAACCUGUAAAGUGGUGAUGUUCGAGUUCUCCCUUUUCCAUGUAUUUGUAGACCAGGAAUAACUUGUGCUCUUCUGAUGAACCAUAUCCGAUCAGCUUUA